CUACACAGGCAGCUUACUAGAUUUUGAACUACAGCCCGGGUGUUUAUCCUCUUACGUAACUCAUAACGCGGAUAGAAUGACUAAUAGCCAUUUGACAUACCCCAUGUACUGUCACUCGUGAAUUUAAAUCAGUCUUUUGAAAACGCAUUAAACAUGUUCUCUAGAUAAAAGUUUAUAGUGAUUUCCUGGCGCGCGGUGAAUCUUACCCAUCCAUCCCACAUUAAGUACUUCCGGGUGUCUCACUUCGAUGUUAGCAUGAUUUGGGUUGGAGUAAAUCAUUUUUCUUUAUAACAUCAAGCGAAAUGGACGAGAGCGUCUUAACGUGAGCGUUUUUGGUUCUUCUUUGAUACUCAGUUGAUACUUUGUGACUUUGUUUUAUCCAGCCAGAUGUGAGCGUGUACAUUUGUUUGGCCAUGUCCAGAUGUUGAUCUUGAGCAGACUGGUAAAUUACUGGAUUAAAUGCUGCUGCUGUGUGAAGUACUAAAUUGGACAUUAAAGUACUCGCCAUGAAACGCAUCGUUUUCUUUCUGGUGUAUUUUUUCUUGACGGAAUGUUCAAGAAGACCCAUUAGGGAUGUCCGAGACGAAGAGUACGAUCAGCUCAGCUCAUUGCUGUCGGACUUUGAUGUUCUUCAGCUGUCCAGUCUUCAGCAGCAUUCGAUUCGUAAGAGAGACGUCCAGUCGCAAACGCACGCUGAAAGACGUCUCGGUUUCACUGCAUUACAGAGGCAUUUCAGAUUGUACCUGACAACCAACACAGAGCUCUUCACUCAUGACUUUAAGGCCGUGGUGGUAGGAGAGAACGGCGCUCAAGAGAUGUACGAGGUCCAGAGAGAAAACUUCUUCACAGGCCAUGUCAUUGGAGAGGAGAAUUCCAGAGUACAAGCACAUAUUGGUGACAAUGACUUCACUGCUCAUAUUCUUAUUGAUGAAGCUGAAUACAACAUUGAGCCACUGUGGAGGUUUAUCGAAAACCCUCGUGACAAUCGGCUGCUCGUAUAUCGCUCAGAAGACAUCAGGAACGUGAGCCGGCUGGCGGCUCCGAAAGUGUGUGGCUACAUCAGUGCAGAUGCCAGAGAGAUGCUCCCAGAACGUGUGCAAGCCGCCAGCCCACCAAAUGAAGAUGAAGAGGAGGAGGAUAAGCAUGUAAGAGAGAGAAGGCAGGCGGUGGACCACAGUAAGAACACCUGCCCUCUGCUGCUUGUAGCUGACUAUCGCUUCUUCAGACACAUGGGCCGUAGGGAGGAGAGCACCACCCUCAACUACCUGAUUGAGCUGAUUGAUCGUGUGGAUGACAUUUACCGUAAUACAUCGUGGGAUGCUGAGUAUAAAGGUUAUGGAGUUCAGAUUCAGCAGAUCAUAAUUAACAGAACACCCACACCUGUAGAGCCAGGAGGUGCCCACUUCAACAUGAAAGGGACUCCUGUGAAGAACAAAAAUGUCUGGGACGUCAAGAAGCUCCUGGAGCAAUUUAGCACUGACAUUGCAGAAAAUGCAUCCAAGGUGUGCUUGGCUCAUCUCUUCACCUAUCAGGAUUUUGAUGAAGGCACACUUGGCUUGGCUUACGUGGCUCCUUCCAGACCAGGCUUUCCUGGCGGUCUUUGCUCUGAGAAGUGUUCCCCUUCAGGAAACAACAACCGUGCUAUAUACCUCAACACUGGACUAACCAGCACCAAAAAUUACGGCAAAACCAUUCUUACCAAGGCAACAGACUUGGUUACUACUCACGAGCUAGGCCACAAUUUUGGCGCUGUUCAUGACGUAGAUGAUGGGUCGUACUGUGCACCUAGAGAGGACCAGGGGGGCAAAUACGUGAUGUACCCCAUUGCAGUGAGCGGGGACCACUCUAACAAUAAAUUUUUUUCAAGCUGCAGUAAGCACUCCAUAGCAAAGAGUCUGAGGGCCAAAGCUUCCACCUGCUUCAGGGAGAGGAACAGCAAUGUGUGUGGAAACUCACGGGUGGAGGAAGGCGAGGAGUGUGACCCUGGACUGCUCCACCUCAACAGUGACCGCUGCUGCGCGUCAAACUGCAAACUGCGGCCCAAUGUGCAGUGCAGUGACAGGAACAGUGCGUGCUGUAAAGACUGCAUGUUUGAGAAGCAGGGAAAGGUGUGUCAGGAGCCAAUGAAUGCCACUUGCAAGGGAAGCUCUUACUGUACAGGACUCAGCAGUGAGUGCCCUCCUCCAGAGAACCUCCCCAAUGAGAUCAUCUGUGUGGACAACGGCCGGUGUCUGAAGGGAGAGUGCAUCCCGUUCUGUGAGGCUGUGGUGAACCUGCAGUCAUGUGCCUGCAAUGAGACAAACAACUCUUGUAAGGUGUGCUGUAGGGAUAAGAAUGCUGUAUGUGCUCCUUAUGUCAAUGACAAGGGCAGCCACCUCUAUCUGCGGAAAGGCAAACCCUGCACUGUGGGCUUUUGUGAUGGAGCGGGCAAAUGCAUGAAACAGGUCCAGGAUGUUAUUGAGAGGUUGUGGGAUUUCAUUGAGAAGUUGGACAUCAAUACUUUUGGGAAGUUCCUGGCUGAUAAUAUUGUUGGCUCAGUGGUGGUCUUCUCACUAGUUUUCUGGAUCCCUCUCAGCAUUCUGGUCCAUUGUGUGGAUAAGAAACUUGACCAGCAGUAUGAAUUGAACACAAAGUCGCUUCUCUACCCCAGUAAUGCAGAGCUGCUGAGCAGUCUAGAAUCAGCCUCAGUGCGGAUCUUCAAAGCACCCACAUCCUCAGGCUCCUCUGCAGUGCCACGCUUCCAGGCGUCUGGACCUCUGCAGACCAGCACACCACCUGUCUCCAUCUCUCAGGUGGCUCCAGCUUUAACCCCAACCCCGUGUCCUCUCCCCACAAUAGAGCCCCAACACAUGGCCACCAUCCAAGAAGAUCCCAGCUCUGAUUCCCACCUGGAUGAACAAGCCCUGGGACAGGACUUCCCUACCUCUGGCUCGGUGUCACGUUCCUUUGAUGAUCUGACGGAGAACAGAGAGAACGCCAUGUCCUUCAGGGUAAAUAGACACGCACGGAGUAACAGCAAGGAGACUGAAUGCUAAGAAUGUAGUUGUAUAAAAUGGGGGGAAAAAAGUCAGUUAAUGGGAAAAGGAAAUGUUACCAAGAAUGAUCUAAAAGGGAAUAGGAUUGGAAAUGCUCAAAGCUGUGUAGAAUGAACAUUGCAUUAGCAUUGAACUACAAUGCGUGCUUACAGCUCCAGCAUGGAAAAUAACCAGAAUGCUAGAUAGUUUACUUAAAAUUUUUUAGGAUUUAUUCACCCUCAUGUUGUUUCAAAGUCUUCUGUGGCGUUCUGAAGGAGAAAAUCCAAAUGUCUCGCUGCACUUUAUACCAAGAAAUUCACUAUAAAUAAGGAUGCAAAAGCACCAUUAAAGUAUCUCAGAGAUUCAUAGAACUUAUGCACAAUAUUCCAAGUAUUUUGAAAAAUUACGAUAGGAUUCUUUUCAGCUGUUAAGAUAAGUAUGAAAUCUACGCAAUACAUAAGCGACCGUUUAGUCCACUUAAACCCUGCUGCGUUCAUAUGAUCGAUUACAAGCUUGCAUUCAGAUCUGCCUCUUUCCAUUCAACAACCGAUGGAUACAACCAAGUCCUCAUCCUACUUUUUCAGUCAAUACAAAAUAAAAAUGUUUUGCUAUUCCUUCAUUGAAGAUUAUCAAUGACAAAUGACUUCAAUUUGGGUCUGUUCCUCCACAAAGCAGUAAUAUAGCUUUAAAACACCAUAGCACAUGUUUGGGUCAAUCACUUUUCCUGAUACUUUUAAGGUGCUGAAAAAAAAAAAGGAUGUCAUAAGUUUUGGAAUGACAUGAGGGUGAGUAAAUGAGGACCGUUUUCAGUUUUGGGUGGACUAUCCCUUUAAGAGCCCUGGAUUUGAUAAAGAAACAGAAGGCUCAAAUCCUUCAGUUAUUUGGCAUUAUAUAUGGAUUGAAUGUUGUUACUCCUGUUAGGAUUAUGCAGGAUACUGCACACAUAAUUACACACACUCCAGAUCUGAUCAGCGUUAUAUAAACAUGACCAGCAUCAUUGUUAAAGUUGAACUGCCCAAGAUGUUUACAGGUCAUUUUUUGUUUGGGAGAUUGUGCAGAUCUUGAAAACUGUUAUAUCAUAAAAAUACCUGUUAUAUUUUAGUAGAUUUUUUUUUAACGUGUAUGUGCUGACACUCACCAGCAAAUUGUUUUGUAAUCUCUAUGGAACACAACCUUGUGUUUUUGCUUUUUAUUGUUUGCAAGAGACAAUCUGACAUUUUAGGUGCAAUUGAUAUUUUCAGAUAUUGUCUGUGAAUUUGAACUGUUCUUUAAACAAUGUGUAUUAGUAUACAUAAUAUUUAAACAUUUUAACCAGCAGAUGUUACACGUUUGGUAAAUGAGAAGUGUUUGGCUCAUUGGCUUAAUACGAAACACCAAAGUCGGACAAUCAGGCUUUUGAAACGUUUUCUGCAACACAAUGUUCAUGAACGUAUGCAAGAAUAUGUAUCUUGCAGCUGCUCCCAUAAGAAUGUACUGAUGAACACUGCUCUGACAUCAGUAUCCAAAGUGCCUUGAAUUCGGGUUUUUUAUUUGUAUUGUGAAAUCAUAUUUUACUCCAUGUGUUUUGUAAUAUAAUCUACAGGAAAACUCAAAAAGGGAAUAUGACAAUGUCAUUUAUAGGUGACUGAACAGUCGCCUUCUUCCGAAUCUUAUUCAGAAAUUGAAUUGGGAAUGUUGAAUCUUAAAAGCAUUCUAGCAAGUACUAGAUCUUAUUACGUCACCCAGCUAUGAAAAUGUACUCCCUUUUUAUUCUCUGGUGUCAAACCCUGUGAAAUCUUUUUUGAUGUUAAGAAAUGUGCCUAUAAAUACUCCGACUGCAUGGUUCCUCACACUGUUGUGAUGGGACAAGAGAGAAAGUAUUGAAUAUUAAGAAGCUUUCAUCUUUAAAUAAAGUGUCAGCUUUAAUGCGAGCCGUAUUGAAAUUUAA